AUGGCGGAUCGGGCGGAGAUCUUCUCACUCUCCACCUUCCAUUCGCUCUCCCCGCCGGGCUGCAGGCCCCCUCAGGACAUCAGCCUAGAGGAAUUUGAUGAUGAAGAUUUGUCUGAGAUCACUGAUGACUGUGGCAUCGGCCUGAACUAUGACUCGGACCACUAUGAGAAGGACUGCCUAGUGCUGGAGAGAUGCAAGCAGCCGCACCCCAUCUGUACCUUCCAAGAUGAUUUUCAGGAGUUUGAGAUGAUUGAUGACAACGAAGAGGAGGAGGAAGGCAACGGGCUGGAGGAAGCACCGCCCUCCCCCUCGAUAUCCCCAAUCCCUCCGCCCACCCCUGAGGAGACCCAGAAGCAUCGUCCUACCACGCUCAACCUGACUGGGACAGGCACACAGGACUCCCUGAAUAACAACAGCACUGGCACCCCGGCACCCCCGUUGCAGCAGCAGCAGCCGCCGCGAGCUACUUGGCAGGAGACUCUGCUCCACACGUCUCCCUCCUCUUCCUCCUCUUCGGCACCCCACGCUGAACGGACCUCUCCCUUGCACCUGUGUCUCCAGGAUGGACUCUGUGUGGAUUCUCGGAGCAGCGAAGGCCCAAGACCCACCCAGGCUCCUUGCAAACCAUCUCAUUAUGAUGCAGAGGGCAACAGCCAAGAGCUGCGGGGAGCCUCACCUGCUGUACAAACCGGAGAGGAUUACAAUAUGAACAUUGUCUCCUCCGUGUCCCUCUCGCAACCUCCUUCAGUUUCCUCCAGACAGCCCCUUGCGGAGCCCCUUGCGGAGCCCCUUAUGGAGCCCCUUGCGGAGCCCCUUGCGGAGCCCCUUGCGGAGCCCCUUGCGGAGCCCCUUGCGGAGCCCCUUGCGGAGCCCCUUGAUGCUCCACGUGGCCUGGAGUCCCAGCUCCCCAAUGUCAGCCCCCACAGGUCACCUGCCACGGAUAGCUACUGCGCCAGAUUUCAGAGGGACGCAGGCUGCAGGGAGGAAGAGACAGGAGCUGGGAGCCCUGUCGGCUCUGCUGAGGGGAAAACAGGGCUUGGCUCCCCCAACUUGCUGUCUGAUCCGAGCAGCACCCCGCUGUCUGAGGAUGAGCCUCCAAAGGGCUGCCGAGAUGCUGGGCCCAGAAGGCAUCACCUCUUGGGGUCUGACACUAGCCCAACCAGGGCAGCAAUGGAGCCACUAAGCUCUGAAGAAGAAGGUACCCACGGGAGCCGAGUGCCCAUGGGCGUGCAGGGGCUGCCCUCCACCUCGUCAGAUACCACGUCUCCCUCGUCGGACCCUGGCAUAGAGGCAGACCUCACGAGCCGUAAUUCCAAGUCCUUCCCACCCUGCAGCCGGCACAGCGAGGACCUCAGCUCGCCCGGGUCUGACUCAGAUGUGGAGGGUGAGAUCGAGGCGGCCUUUGCAUGCAGUGGGAGCCGCCUGGCCAGCAACAUGAUCUCCAGCAUCUCGGAGACGGAGCUGGACCUGAGCAGUGACAGCAGCAGCGGCCGCUCUUCCCACCUCACCAACUCCAUCGAGGAAGCCAGCUCGCCGGGGUCGGAGGCAGAGCUGGAGGCAGAGCUGGAGACUCGGGGAAUGAUGGGCCUGAAGGAUGCCCUUCUUCGUGACACGGGCAAGAAGGAGGAGGAGGAGGGCACGGAGCUGCCCCCAGAGGAGGGCGCGCUGCGGAAGGAGAGCCUGGCAGCCCUCAAAAUAGAGGAGUGCUAUGAGGACCCAUCUGCUCCUGUUGGCCAAAUGGACACGGCCCUCUCGGGCCCCCUCGAUCUGGAGAUAAACCCCGACCACAGCCUGGAGACCCUGCGGCGCUCCUUCUACCUGCCGGUGAGACCUAAGCUUGUGCCCAAGGGCGACGAUGGCGACAGAGGAGGGAACAGCGAAUACGACUCUGACUCCGACUCCGAGUCAGAGCCUGACCUGAGUGAGGACUCCGACUCACCUUGGCUCCUUAGCAAUCUGGUGAACAAGUUGAUCUCGGAGGGAUCCUACCCCAUCAAAUGUGCAGACGAGUGCUUCCCAGCAGCUCACUCCCUUUCGGACACCAUCUCUCCUGCCUCUGACCUGGAGCCGGAGAUACCCAGCGAGGCUCUGAGCGAGGCCCAGCCCUGCUCUCGGCAAAGCAUAGAGCUGGUGGACAUGGAGACACUGCGCUGCUCGCUGCAGGGCACUGAGGAGGAGGAGGAGGAGGAGGAGAAGCCCACAGAGGCCAAGCCUGUGCUGGAGGCAGAGUGCCGUGCAGGUGACUCAGGGCCCUACCUGUUCAUGAGUAACUCGACCAACGACACCAUUACCCCCGUCUUCCCUGGGCGGCUGCGCUCUGGCUGCUGCAGCAACACGCCUGCCAAAACCUUGCCCUCCAGGGAAGCUUUGAGCAAGGCUGAGCCGGCCACGGUGCUGGAGGACUGGGGGAUUGAUGGGGACCUGGACUCUGGCAUCUUGGAGGACAGUGACAUGAUUGACGAUAUCCGGUUAGAGCGCCAUGAAGGGCUGGACGUCUCCACUGCCAAGACCAACCAUUGCUUCAGCUUGGCCUACUCCCCCGAGGAGGAGGAGGAGGCGCCUUCCUUGGGCAGCCUGAAGGGCUCUUCCUUUGCGGAGGAGUUGCCGCUCGCCCCACCCGCGGUGGUGCUGGACGACUCCUUGGCCUACGACUCGGUCAAGUACACCCUGGUUGUGGACGAGAACACCCAGCUGGAGCUGGUGAGCCUCAAGCGCUGCACGUCGGUGCUGAGCGAUGACAGCGAGCUGCUGCGUGCCUGUGAGGCGGUGGACCUGGAGGACCUGGCCAGCGACUUUGGGGAGGGGCUGGGGGCACCGGAUGGGUGCAGCUCCUCCUCAGAGGACUUCUCACCUGAGGCUGACCUCCCAUUCUCCAAGAAAUUCCUCAAUGUCUUUGUCAACAGCAGCUCCCGCUCCUCCAGUACAGAAUCCUUUGGUCUCUUUUCUUGCACAGUGAAUGGGGAGGAGCGGGAACAGACUCACCGAGCCAUCUUCAGGUUCAUUCCUCGCCAUGAAGAUGAGUUGGAGCUUGACGUGGACGACCCGAUCCUCGUGGAGAUAGAGGAAGAUGAUUAUUGGUACAGGGGCUAUAACAUGCGCACGGGGGAGCGUGGCAUCUUCCCUGCCUUCUAUGCCCACGAGGUGGUGAGCCAGGCCAAGGAAGUGACAGGCCUGAAGCGGAAUCCGUGCUGGGUUGAGCAUUUCAACGUACAGUUUUUGGGGUCUGUGGAAGUUCCUUACCAUCAGGGCAAUGGCAUCUUGUGUGCAGCUAUGCAGAAGAUUGCCACCACCCGUAAAUUAACAGUCCAUCUGAGGCCCCCGGCCACCUGUGACCUGGAAAUCAGCCUGCAGGGCAUCAAGCUCAUCCUGACCGUGAACGAGUACAGCCGGGACGAAGAGUUUGAGCGCUGCAGCCACUUCUUCCAGAUGAAGAAUAUCUCUUUCUGCGGUUGCCACCCCCGCAACAGCUGCUACUUUGGUUUCAUCACGAAACACCCCAUCCUGAGUCGCUUUGCCUGCCAUGUCUUUGUUUCCCAGGAGUCCAUGAGGAAUGUUGCAGAGUGUGUUGGCCGCGCCUUUCAGGAAUAUUAUCAAGAGCACCUGGAAUUUGCUUGCCCCACAGAAGACAUUUACCUGGAGUAGGGCAUGAUCUGGGGGGCCUCCUGCUUCCGCACCCCAUCCAGAGCCUCUGCCCCAGUGCCCCCAGACCCACGACUCUGCCGGGCUCAACCACAACCCAUGCCACUAUUUUUGACCCAGCACCCUGCAGUAAAAGGGGGCCAGGGGCAGAGAGGUGGAGGGGCAUCAGGUGUUGGCCAUGUGGUUGCAACCUGACAUCUCCCCCUCUCUCCACCUCCUCCUGAGUCCUCCCCCCACCCAAACUUCCAAAAGUGACUGGAGAAGCAGCUGGAGGUGGAUCUGGGGAGGGGUUGUUCUUCCCCAUUGAAGCACAUGAGCAGGAUGAGACCGAUGAGGGUGGUGAAGAGUCUGAGUCUGGGAGAAGGGCCAAGCAGCAGCUGCGUGGUCAAGGAGCCGGCGCUUUUCCGGACGGCUGCAGCCUUUGCAGGGUGCCCCAUUUUUGGGCUGGGAGGAAGGCUUUGAGCAUGAUGGUGAACGUCUGUCUGGCCCCCUCCUCUGGAAACACAUGCCGGGGGGGGGAAGGACCAAUGUCUAGCUGCUCCCCUACCCCCCUCCUCUAGCCAAACUCAGUUCCCUUCUUCUGGUUUGUGUGUGGCUGGUGGUGAUGGUGGGCAGAGAUCAAGGACCCCCUCCCCGCCUCCCCUCCAAGGUGUGUGCCCCCCAUUCCUGGGCCAGGGCCCCCUUCUCCAUGCCUCAUUGCCUUGACUCCAUGUUUUCCAAGUUGGUUGCCCUCACCUGGGGGGGAGGGGGCACACAGCUUCAACUCAUGCCAUAAGAACCUCUCCCCCCCCGUCCCAAAAUUGCAUCCCUUUCUGCUCUCUCCGCUCUCAGGCUGCCACAGACACAGUUGGGUUUGGGGGCGAGUGUUUAAGAGAGGAGCCUGCAUGCUGCAUGGGGGUCGAGGAGCCAAAAGGGGUGAGUGGGUGGGCAGCUCAUUGCUGUGGGGGUGGAGGGGCACCCAUUCGUCCUGUCCUGUGGAGGGCCCAUCUGCCCCAACACCGAGCAAGGUCUUUGCCCUUGCCUCGAUGAUGCUGGAGGCUCUGGCGGAUGCCCCCCCUAGCAGAAGGAGAGGGGAAUGCUGCUGUGGGUCCACUCGUGCCCUCCUCUGUCCCUCCCGCAUUUCGGACUCUGCAGGAGGAGCCCGUUGCCUUUUUCCUCUGCUGCUGAAUCAAGACCAUAUCUGGGGGUGUUGGUCUGGGUUUGGCUCCCUCUUCUCUUUGUUGGCCCCACCCCCUCCCUGCCCCAUCUCUCUCUGCCUUUCCCCCUCUGCCCACCCACUGCUGUGUCCUUGGUGACCUCCUUUGCUUGCCAGCCCCGCCUGUUUCCACUCAGUAUGACUAGCUGACCGACUUAGCGCUCACCGGCUGUCUGUAUAUGUUAAUGAUAUUUAUCUGUAACUUCUUUAACCAAGCAGAGCAGUGAUCUGGUCAAACCCUCUCUUCCCACUGCCUUGUCAUGGACUUGGUCUUUCAAUAAAAUAUUC